UUGUAUCCCUCUUCCAUUUCUUCUCCACAACCUAAUACUCAGCUCUACAGCAGUUGAGCUUAAUUUGCCUUCCCACUGCAACAUUCUGAUCAAACUCUCAGUCUUCUCACUCUUUCCUUCACCUCACCCAUCCCUCUGUAAACCAAUCCUUUCACGCUCUUCUCUUCCCAAUAUAACAUCAUCAUCUUUUCCUUUUCUUUUAUUUUCUUUACUCUAUAAAAGAGAAAGUCAUGGACAUUGACUUGCUCAAAUCUGCAGCUCCUGAAGAUCAGAUGGAAAUGAUGCUUAUGAUGCAGAUGCAGGAUUUUUCCAAAGGUUAUUCUGAUAUGAAUGAAAUGCCAAUGUUGGAUUGUAGUCCACAAGGAAGUAGCAACAUUAGCAACAACACUAAUGCUAAUUUAUCUCAAAUGAUUGGUUACCAUAAUUCACACACAUUCUUGAACAUGCCAGCUUCUACCAUUUCAUUCACUGGCUCUCCCUCAGUAAUUCAACAUCAAGAAGCUUUGAGGAACGCUUUUGGUGCAUAUCCUUCCCAUACAGUGAAGCGAAACUCUAUGGCGGCGAUGAGAGAGAUGAUAUUUAAAAUAGCAGCAAUGCAGCCAAUUCAAAUCGACCCAGAAUCAGUAAAACCACCAAAGAGAAAGAACGUGAAGAUAUCGAACGAUCCUCAAAGCGUAGCGGCACGCCAUAGGAGAGAAAGGAUAAGUGAAAGGAUAAGGAUUCUUCAGAGAUUAGUACCAGGUGGAACCAAAAUGGACACUGCAUCUAUGUUAGAUGAAGCUAUUCAUUACAUGAAAUUCUUGAAAAAACAAGUGCAAUCCCUUGAAAAGGUAGAAGCCACUAGGCCAGUUGCUGCUGCUUCAGGAUGCCUAGGAUUCCCUGUGCCAAUGUCGUCUUUAAGUGGGAAUUAUUUACCUAUGGGUUCUAAAACUUAUUACCCUUAUCAUCAAAGUGUUCAACCCUAGCUAGUUUGACUCAUUCUCAUAGUAAAAAUGGAAUAACAAGUUCUUCUUUUUUAGUAUAAAUUGUGGGGUUUUAAAUUAGAAAGAAGAUUAUUGGACAAAAAUAUCAGUGUAGUCACUUCUUAUGAUAUCUUAAUCAGGUUUACCAUGCAUGUUGCACUAUUAAAGGAAUAAAAGUUCAUACUCAUGGUAUAUAGACAA